ACAGCUGUAGUGUAAACGUAAGCAAUUAAGCUGCUUUAAAUGCUGCUGAGCGCGGCGCGGAUGCGCAUCGAUGUUUCUUGCCUUCUUGUGCUGAGAGUGCAGUGAGACUUCGGUUCAUCUGCUUCGCUAUUAUUUCAAACAGAUCACCUGAAGUAUGACUAUCCAAGGAUGGUUUGUGUUCGCAGCUGCCUUGUUGCUGACAAAGGCAGAUUCAUAUGAUCCUAUUUGCAACCUGAGAAUUCAAAAAAGUGUCCUGCUUGAGAGUGUUAUGGGCUGCUGUGAUGACUCUGCAGGUGAUCUAUUUGCAAAUGGCAAGGAAGGGAAAUGCCAGCAGACAUAUGUAGCAAGAAGCUGCAAAGAACUGUUAGAAAAGUACAAAGUCAAGAAAGAUGGCUUGUACCAGCUAACUACUGAAGAUGGUGAGGUCUAUCAGACAUUCUGUGACAUGACUACCAAUGGUGGGGGCUGGACCCUUGUGGCCAGUGUUCAUGAAAACAAUGUGGAGGGAAAAUGCACCAAUGGAGAUCGCUGGACAAGCACACAAGGAAACCAGCAAGAGUAUCCAGCAGGAGAUGGAAACUGGGUCAAUCUGGCCACAUUUGGUACAGCAACAGGUGCAACCAGUGAUGACUAUAAGAAUCCUGGAUACUUUGACAUCAGUGCUGAGGAUAUAGCCGUUUGGCAUGUCCCCAAUAACACGCCUCUCAACAAGUGGAGAUCCGAUGCUAUUCUGCAGUAUCACACUGAAAGCCAGUUCUUUCCAAAAUAUGGAAACAACCUGCAAGGGCUCUUUAAGAAACUGCCGCUUGUCUGGAAUGGUGGAAGCUGCCCUGAAAAUAACGGCCCUGCAAUACCAGUGGUGUACGAUUUUGGAAGUGCAGAAACAACUGCUAAUCUUUAUUCACCCAAUGGCAGAAAUGAGUUUACUGCUGGUUACGUCCAAUUUCGUGUUUUCAACACUGAGAAGGCUGCCUUGGCAAUGUGUUCAGGAAUCAAAGUAACAAAAUGCAAUUCAGAACAUCACUGCAUUGGCGGUGGUGGCUUCUUCCCAGAAGGUAAUCCAAAACAGUGUGGAGAUUUCACUGGAUUUACCUGGAAUGGUUAUGGAACUGGCAGAGACUGGAGUGUAACAAAGAAUAUGCUGGAAUCUGCUGCAAUGAUAUUUUAUCGUUAGGCAACUUUAGCUUCCAGGAGUCAGUUUUAUUCAAGACUUUUUCAUUUCUAUUACAUUACCUUGACAAACUUUACCUUGUGAUUUCACUGGUACCCAGAACUAUUGUAUGUUAAUUGCAUCAUAAAAGCCAGAAAGUCCUAGGAGUACUGUAUGUAACACUGUUACAGAAGCAGUUUUAUCCAUCUACAUUGUCAAAAGUUGUAACUGAUAGUGCUGUGUUAUGGUUAAAAUUUAACAAUUUAAGCAGAAGAAAAAAAAACGUUGCAUCUGUUUUAUUAAAUUUCUGGAAUAUCUGAUUUGAUUUUUGUAUUGAUCCAUUUCUAAUUCAUCUAGCCUUCAAAAUUCUGUUAUACAUUUUGUAUAAUCCUUUCAUGCAUUUGCCUAAUUAAAUCUUGUAUCUUUAAAUAUGAUCUUGUAUAUUUCUGUAGUUCCCAGCUUACACAACUGCAUGUACAAGUUAAAUGAUUAAGUAGCACUAUGUAACAACAAAUUAAUUUAAAAUUAUUGUUUGGCAGGAAAAUAAACUGUAAACAAGCAUAAAUA